AUGGCGGCGCGCUUCCAGUACCGAUGGCUAGUCGUAAUAGCCAGUUUUGGACUGCACUAUAUCUCCCUCGGCAUGGUUCAGGGCUUUGGAAUUAUCUAUACAGAACUCAUCAGUCAGUUUGGUACGAGUAAAUCCGAGACAGGGUGGAUUCCAUCGUUAGGAUCCGGACUUCUGCUGGGGUUCGGCCCAGUAUCCAGUAUAUUGGUGAAGCUGAUAGGUUGUCGAGCGGCGGCAGUCAUGGGUGCAUUGUGUAUCUCGAUAGGAAUGUCUUCCAGCAUGUUUGUCACUGACGUGCACCAGCUUUAUCUAACAUAUGGAAUCAUAGCAGGUAUCGGCAAUGGAAUGGUAUUCCACUCGGCGGUGGUGGCGGUCAAUACACAUUUUGAGAAGUCACGCCUCGCCCUGACGAUACUGACGAUAGGUUCCCCUGCCUCCCUCCUGACCACGCCCUUCCUGACCACGAUCUGGAUUGACACUUACGGAUGGAGAGGCACAUUUCUUCUGUUAGCCGGCAUCAGCCUCCAAGGCGUCGUCUGUGGCGCCCUCUUUCGGCCGCUGGAAACCAAAUCUCUUGAAGAAAACGUGGAGACACCGGCUAAGCUCUCAACAAUCAAGGCGGAACUGAAAGCCAUCUUUAGCAUCUCGGAUUUUAUCCUGUUCUGUCUAUACUCGUCAUUCGGAACUCUCGGAUACAUGGUUCCCUACGUCCUAGUACCAGCUAUGGCGACAGAGAAAGGCGUCUCCGCUCUCGAAGUCCCUUUUAUUACAACUGCCGCUGGGGUCACGGGUAGGUAA